AUGACGAUUACUUUAGAUGAUGUUGCGUGCCUGCUCCAUUUGCCUAUCAAUGGUAUGUUCUGGUAUCCUGAUGAGCAUGUCACAGAGCAGGUGGCUGUUGAUCUUGGCUGUGAGUUAUUGGGAGUGGAUAGACAUGCCAUGGCUGUACAUGUGCGUUCUUGCAGGGGAGCUUAUUACUCACUGCAGUGGCUGUAUGACAGAUUCGUGCAGUACCAUGCUGCUGGUAGUUGGACUUACGCGACCAGGGCAUAUCUGAUGAUGUUGGUAGGUUCUACCAUUUUUGCGGAUAAGACAUUUACCCUGGUUGAGGCCCGAUAUUUGGUAUUGUUUAGAGAUCUACGUGGGCUUGGUUCAUACAGUUGGGCAUCAGCGGCACUGGCCACUCUUUAUCGCCACCUUGGGGAUGCAUCUAUGUUUAGUUGCAAGCAGCUCGGUGGAUAUCCUACUCUUCUACAGUGUUGGAUACAUGAGUACUUUCCUACUCUGGGAAGGAAAGGAGAAAAUUGGCGGUCAGACAACCAAGGGCUUCCGAGGGCGUUGAGAUGGUGUCUUCGCCAGUUUGGUAUUCGCCAGUAUAUCCCGCCUGCACCUCCUGCUGAUACGCUCAGCAACGAUGAGAUUGCCGUGGAGUGGAUUGGUUAUCACCAGAGCGUGGCAGAUGUGAUUAGAGGUACGGAGGCGGUGGGAUACCCUCAUGAGACGGUGGAUGGAUAUUUAGAGUGGUAUUACCGUGUGUCUCAUCCUCAGGUUGUGCCGCCCCCACCUAGUGAGCGUAGAGAGGUUCCAGUUCCUGUCUUUGAUGCAGGACCAGCUGAUCCAGAUUGGGCUCGUGCCUCCACACUGGUUCGUCGUUAUCUCCGGCAGGUAGAGGCCGAGGAGGAUGAUGUCGCGUAUGCUGACUUAUUUGAGGUGUUGCGCAUCGCCGAUGAGCAUUGA